UGCGUCGCACGCGGUGUCCGCAGCGGGUGGCGGGCACCACACGGUGAUCGGCAGGGGCUCAGUCUGACGGUCACGCCAGUGUUGGUGAUGACACGACGGGGGUUGGCGUGUUGCCUCGUCGGCGUCGUCGCCUUCCUGACCUGCUGUGUCGCCCAAGAUGCGGUCACCGAUGAGGUCGCAGGCGCGGACCCCCAUACCACCACUGAGAGUACCUCUAUGGGAGGCGACCCGUUCGGUCCGAGUGACCUGAGCGGCCCGGCCGGUACGGCCACGUGUCGCCACUGGCCGUCCCUACAGUGCAGCCAGCUCUCCUGCUCGGGCCGUGGAGUUAUCGACUGUCGAGACCGAGAGUCGUCAGUCGCUGAUGACGACGUCAUCCGUAUGCUAGCCACCUCAUUCUACAUACAUCUGAAAAGUACUCUUCUGGCCGGAUUUGUCCGCAACUCCACCUUAUCAGCCCAGCUACAAAAUGCCAGCCGCAGCGCGAGUAUCGAAGCUUCGAAUGGGAAAACAUCCAAGGGCGAUGCAUCAGAAGGUCAUGCGGUUAUUAUGACGAGACAAAAUAAUGUGACAGUGUUACCAGUUUCGCAGCAAGACGGCGACACGCCUUUCAAUGUUGAUCGUUCAAACCUCGGUAUUGACGGAGUCACAUAUAUACCGUUAGAUGAAAUGGCAGUAGGUGCUGCAGGCCGCACUUUGGGAGAAUCAGACAGUAAAAGUCUAAAAGAUAAAACGGAAAUCGCCUUUUCUGAGCGCAAGGGCAUUGCCUCUCAUGAUGAAACGCUAGCCAAUGCCAAUAAUGGAAGCACAAGUAAGAUAACAAUCAGCCUAAGUGCAGCUGGAAAAGAAAGGACUCAGGCAUCAGCCGGUAAGAGCGUUGGAGCGAUAACCGAGACUGCAACUCUGCAAGACAGUAAAGAAAAUAACCGAGCAAGGAAGAAUAGCACGGCCACGAAACGCAGGCGUCGACGGUCGACUUCUGUGGCGCUGGAUCCAACAAGUACAAAUAAAAAUGCGACGGUAGAAAAACUGACAAGCAUAUCAUUGACAGCUACCGUUCCAUUAGAUGCUGAGCAGAAGUCGUUCCCAGAUAAAAGUGAAACAGUCCCUGAGCCGUCUGAGCUGAUUUUCGAUAAAAUGGGGACAAAUAAAUUGCUGAGUUCAGCCAAUAAUGUCGGAAAGGGCAAGGUGAUGCCUGUUGAUCUUGAACAGCGGACAUCUAGGAAAACACUGGUUUACCAGGUGACGGUGAAGGCCGGCGUAAACGCAUCAAAGGCAGACGAGAGUAAUAUAAAUGAGAACGCAACAGGCGACAGUGCAGUGACGUGGAUCAAACCGCUUGAGGAAUCGACCGAGCCCACAGCAUCAUACGACAUCAACAAGGAACAAUCGGCUGAUCGAAAGCGGCUGGCACAUACACCCGAGGAGAAGCUCACAAAGACAGAAAUGGCUUCGUCUCAUCAAAUCAAAUCGCCCCCGAGCGUUACACCCACUAGCACAGAUGUAUCAACGCAAAGUGCUGUAACAAAAAAGCCAGUUACUCAGGUUUCAAGGAUUACGAGCCGUCUCAACAAUGCCAGAGACAUAACAAUCAACGAAAUGAGUCUGGUCGACAAAUCGGCAUCGGAUGCCGCUCGAAAUCAGACAGCGACCAACAGCAGCAUUUUGCCGGAGCAGUUGGAGCAGUUCCAGAGCAUGCUCGUGCAGAUUAUGGAGGACGACGAAGAUUUCCUGAACGCCGACAAAGAGCAAGUGCGCGCCGUGCUGCUGGAGCAGACCCAGUUCCCCUACUUGGCCGGUACCGUGCAGGCGGGAAGCAGCAGCUCCUGCACCCUUUACAACAUCACCUGUCAGCCGCCUGUGCCGCUCCGGGCCAAUUGUACCGGUAUCUCGCCGGUGGUCUGUGUCGAUCCGCCCGGCAAGGCGGGUCGCGACCGUUCCGGAGUGUUCCAUCUGGUUCUGCAGCUUCUGGUCGGCGCCUGCGUCCUGUUCAUGCCUCUGAUCUGGAUUAUAUGCAGGAAACAGCCAAACGAAGUUGUGGCGAAUGGAAAUAUUUAGUCCCUUGUUCAUCGGAGAAGAGUAGACCCACUGCAUGCAUCAUACUUGCUGAGAAGUUGUUGACUGUCCAGGCUACCUUUUCAAUCAGUAACAAGUGAAACACGUCUUUCGUGUACCUUCACAUCCAAGAACUCGGUGGCAGCGGAGUAAUGUCUUCAAUUAAACCACCCAAGGCUGGGCAGCUACCGAUAUAGCUUACUUCUUCAAUUUCUGCCAUAAAAGAAUUAUGUCGUGACCGAACGGAUAAUGUGCGUUCAAUAUCGUAAACCAAUGCUCUGCCGCCUACCCACAUGUAACGACUGACGUGUUACACUGGCAUUAACAAAAAAACACGCCUCAAUUAUGAUCAGUUCACGAUAUGUGUCU